UCUUGAACAAUUGAAUGUGCCAUUGAGUUCGCGGGUGGAGAGAUUGGCUUUGCUUCAACUGAGAUCAUCAUUAGGUUUGAGAGCAAAAGAGUGGCCUAUAAAGGCUGACCCUUGCUUCAACUGGACUGGUAUACAAUGCCAGAACGGUAGAGUCAUUGGGAUCAACAUUUCUGGGUUUCAACGUACACGAAUUGGUAGUCAAAAUCCUCAAUUCUCAGUCGAUGCUCUUUCAAAUUUCACUUUUUACAGUUCUUUAAUGCUUCUAGAUUUGCUCUUCCCGUCUUACUGGGAUAAUUCCUUUAGUUUGGGUCAGUUGUCUCGCCUUUCAGUUCUUGAUCUCUCUCAAAACUCGCUUGCUGGAUCCAUUCCUUCCUCCUUCGCCUUUCUUGGAAAUCUUACUUUACUUGACAUGUCUUCGAAUUUCUUGUCCGGGACUAUUCCUCCGACGAUUGGGACAUUGUCAAAGCUUCAGUUCUUGAAUCUUUCUGUGAAUAACUUGUCUUCUUCGAUGCCACCACAACUCGGCGACCUUUCUAAUUUGGUUGACAUUGAUCUUAGCUCCAAUUUUUUGUCUGGGUCAGUGCCGUCCGAUUUGAGAGGGUUAAGGAAUUUGCAGAAAAUGAUAAUUGGGAACAAUUUACUCGCAGGCGCAUUGCCAGGUAAUUUGUUUCUUCCUUUGUCUCAGUUGCAGUUUGUAGUUCUGAGUCACAAUGGUUUCACUGGUGAUCUUCCUGAUAUAUUGUGGUCAAUGCCUGAAUUGCGAUUUCUUGAUGCCUCUGCCAAUAAUCUCACCGGUACACUGCCUAAUCUUAGUUCGAAUGCUAAUACCACCACUGCAGUCUUUAACCUCUCCCAGAAUAUGUUUUAUGGAGAUCUUACAUCCAUAAUCAGUAGGUUCAGUUUUAUCGAUCUGUCUGGGAAUUAUUUCCAAGGUAAGGUUCCGGAUUAUGCUCGUAGUAAUGCGUCCCUGACUGAAAAUUGCCUCCAAAGUGUGUCAAGUCAGAGGACUGCGGCGGAAUGUGCAUCAUUCUAUGCUGCAAAGGGCCUGACAUUUGAUAAUUUUGGACAGCCAAAUGCCACCCAACCUCCACCUUCCCCUCCCAAAUCCAACAAGAAGAACCGCCGAACCUUAAUCAUAUUGGCAGGAGUUCUGGGGGGUCUCGGAUUCAUUGCCCUGGUGGUAGUUGUGCUGGUAGUGGUGAUUAUCUGCAGCCGUAAGAGGAGAGCAGCCACCCAAAGAGGUAUCGGUGUGGGAGCCGUUCCAACUGGUGGAAGUCCACCUCUUCCUGGAGUUUCUUUGAACUUUUCAAGUCUGGGGGAAGCAUUUACAUAUCAGCAGAUUCUCCAAGCCACGGGCGACUUCAGUGAUACAAACUUCAUUAAACAUGGUCAUUCUGGUGAUCUCUUCCGGGGUAUCCUUGAAGGUGGGAUUCCUGUAGUCAUUAAAAGAAUUAGUUUGCAUUCCGUGAAAAAGGAAGCACACAUGUUAGAGUUGGACUUUUUCAGCAAGGUUUCUAUUCCUAGAUUGGUAUCUCUCGUGGGACAUUGUUUGGAGAUUGAGAACGAGAAGUUUCUGAUUUACAAAUAUAUGCCCAAUGGAGACUUGUCAAGUUCUUUGUUUAAGAAAAAUAAUUUGGCCGACGAUCCUUUACAGUCAUUGGAUUGGAUAACGAGACUAAAAAUUGCAAUAGGAGCUGCAGAGGGUCUGUCUUAUCUACAUCAUGAAUGUACUCCACCCCUUGUUCACAGGUACUCCAGCCUUUCCAGGAAUUGCUUGUAUUGCACUUCUCUUUCUUCUUGUUGCUGCCAUUUUGUUCUUAUCCCCACUGCUUUCUUAUUACUCGUCACGUACUCUAAUGAGCUGAUUGUUGCAGAGAGAUUUGCUAGUCGAUGA